UCAAGCUAAUACAUGGCACUGUGAAGUGUCAUAUACGUAACAGCUGGUAUGCUCAGUGGACUUUCAAAUGAAUUACCAACAUGAAAGAAAUUUAUAAUUUCUGCAAGAAACCAAAGAAAACAGCCAAACACCUCUUCAUAAAUCCAAAAAGAAUAAAUCGCAUAGCUGUAAAUAGAUAGUUCUCGUUUGUAAGUUAUUUUCUGACUUAUUUGAAAGUUACUGGUGAGUUUUCUAGUCUAAACGAUACCUAAGAAGUUGUAGUCACUUAUUUCGAUGUUUUGAGGUUAACGAAAGUUUUGUUCAAGAUUUUAUAUACAAAAUGUUAUAUUCAUUCGAUUGGAUACAGAUAAUUUACAAAUUAUGCAAUACACACAAACAAAAGAAAAUAAAUUAUAUUAUACACAUUUGGGAAAUUGCGACAAGUUGUUAAAAUCGAAUGAAAUCUCGAAACCAAAGUUCAGUAAAAGGAAAUUUGAAAAUGUUCGAGUUUUAGCUGGGAUUUAUCCGCCAUACGUUCAUAACGAUAAAUACACUGGAAUAAGCAAUAAGGUAGUAAAUUUAGCAUUGGAAAAAUUAGGUUUGAAUGUAACUUAUACGUUCCAAGAAAUCAAAAUUGAUUCAAACAUUUUUAAAGAUAAGUUCACAGGAAUAUGGAAAAUGUUAUUAGAAGGACCUUACGAUAUGUUCGCUGGAGUAGUAGUACCAGAAGGUACGGAAAUGGGUUAUUUCGAACAAACUUUUUCACCUCUAGAAGAUAGUUCGUAUUUCGCUGUACCAUAUUUAUUAGAAGACGUCGAGAGGUUGUCGAUUUUUCGUAUUUUCACCACUCAUUUAUGGAUCGUUAUAUUUCUAAUCCUGAUUAUUCUAGGAUUGCAGUUUCAUUACAUUAUAAAUAUUUUGAAAUUAGAUCGGAAGUAUACUAAACUAGAAAUCAGUUUUAUAAUAUUUCGUUCGUUAUUAGAAGUCCCGACUUUUAAAAGACCCAAUACCACAUCGCUCAAAAUUCUCUUUAUUGUCCUCUUAUAUUUCAUCACUAUAAUGAGCAACUGUUAUAAAAGUAAAUUAUUCAAUUCCAGCGUUAACGAAAAUCCUCGACAAGCAUACCGCACAAUCGAAGAUAUAGUGAACAAAAAAUUAAAUGUCGGACUUCAUUAUGUUGCUGCGAGAACUAUGAUUAAAUCUAACAACUUCUACGAGAAAUAUUUAGCCGAACAUAGUGAUACUUGUAGAGUAGAUUCGGCUUGUCUAAACAAAACUGCGUUUGAGAAAAAUUUCGCUACUGCGAAAUUAGAAAAGUCGAUUAAUUAUUUACUACCGCGAUUUUAUAUAGGAGAAGACGGUACUCCACUCAUAUAUAUUUUGAAAAAUUACAAAUUGAAUACGGUUUUCUUUAAUUAUUUUUUCAAAAUGGGACAUCCUCUAUACGAUAAAUUCAACGAAUAUUUAAUGAUAAUCAAAGAAAACGGUUUCGUCGAUGAUAUUUAUAAAAAUAUUAACGCCGCUAAUGAUUUAAUAAUGAUGCAGAGACACAAAAAAAUCAUUAACGUUCCGCCUCUUAAACUAUCUGAAAUUUUUAAGGUUUUUUUAAUAUACGCAAUAUGCGUUGGGGUUUCUUUUAUCGUAUUUUGCGCAGAACAUUUCUAUCAUUACAGAAAUAAUUAUUUAAACAAUCGAUUUUAUGUCGUUUCCUAAACAAAUUUUAUAAAAUAUUCAUAUGAAAACAAUGUAUACUUAGUCGUUUAGACGCGGGUUUUUACAACCAAGUUAUCGUCUUCAGACACUGAAGGUAAACUGACAGUUGACAGAUAAUUUGGAUGUAGAAACGCGCGUCAAACAGUGUAAUCGUGAAUAUUGACGUAAACAGUGUAUUCAGAAUGUAUAUUCGAACAAAUCAAUCUCUACUUUAAUAUCAUUAACAAUAAAUAUUAGUAAGUUCAAAAUUUUUAAAUAUUUACUUCACAAUCGAGUUUGAUUCAAUUUUUCAUACGCUUUUAAUGAUUUCAAUGAACUCAUGAUACAUUUUCAAAAGCGGAUUUUUUGAGUUUUUGAAAUAAGAAAAAUAAAUCAAAAUGAUAUUGGGAUAUGACGACGAAAAAUCUAUAAAGUUUUAAGAUACAGCAACGCUGAUAUAAAUAUGUCAAAUUUGACAUUGACAUGAUGAUGUUUGACAUUUUUAAAGGUGGACGUUUUGUUCUACGAGUGCUAUUUGAAUUGUUUACAAAUACUUGAAACAUUCAUCUUGGUCAAAACGCGAAAUUAAACAUAUUCUUUGGUGGUCGCAAUUCGCUACAGGACGAAUUUCUGAAGGUCGUCCAAUACCGGGUGUUGUACCAGAAAAUAUCGAUGAUGUACGUAAACUGAUGGAUCUAUGUAUAUGAACUAGAGACUAAACCACAAUCGACUGUGUCUUCCAAGACAAGCCAAAUCCAACAAAAGUUGUUCGUGCUGGAAGCCCUUCGAACCAAAUGAUUGCACGUUUCCUCUGAGUAACUGGUUAUCGAAAAAAUCAAGGAAACCAAGACGAAUCAUUCUCCAACACGACAAAGCGAGCUCUCAAACAUCAGUUCAAACAAAAACGUUUUUGGACGGUCAAAAAAACGAAUUGAUGAGUGUGUGGCACCCAAUGAUUUCUUCUUAAUCACCCAGAUCAAAAAUAAAUUGAAAAAUCAACGUUUUUUUACAUCAGAAGAAGUUCAACCAAAACCUAACAUGUUUUGGAAGUACCUCAAUCGGAAUUGAGAAAAUAUUUCUACAAAUGGUUCAAACUCAUGGAAGAAUGUAUUGAAAAACAAUUAUAAAUAUGAGAUUUUAUUUAUUUACCUCAAAACUAAAAUAGCAACCCUCGUAUAAAGAUUUACAAUUGAAAUUGAAACAAAAUGAGAUUUUUAUUUAUUUAUAUUGUUGAAUUUAUGGUGAUAUACAAUAAGUUUUAAGGUUAUUUGAUUGUACAGAAUUUUUAAUAAAGAAAAGACAAUUAA